AAUUAAGCCCCUCUCCUCUUAGUCCCGGUUUGUCAGGCUAUACAUACCUCCUUGACAACACACAUGGAAAAUAACCGACUCAGCUGUGCUGCUAUUAAAAGACCUCAAAUCCUAAAGUAUUGCUGCUGAGAGCUGGCUGGCUGUCAUGUCGCAGCAGCUCUGCUGAGGCGUGCAGCCACUUCUCCUCAGGAGAGGAAUUACAGCACACUACCUGCAGAGGCCUGGGAAGCAAACAUGGACCCAACAUGGACGACUGUCCUCCUGGUGCCCUGUGUAGUUGUUCUGACAGCAGGAUUUUUCUACCUCUACGGAGCCAUCGUCAAUCUGGUGUCCAAAACCUCUGUACGCAACAAGGUGGUGGUGGUAACGGACGCCCUGUCUGGGCUGGGGAAAGAAUGCUCCGGCGUCUUUCACAAGGGAGGAGCCAGACUCAUCCUCUGUGGGAAAAGCUGGGAGAAGCUGGAGGAGCUGGCAGAUGAGUUGGCAAACGUCUCCGAUCCAACAGCAACUUUCCCCCCUAAGCUGGUCCUGCUGGACUUUGGGGAUCUGGACAGCAUGCCCGAGGCCAUCGCAGAGAUCCUGGACUGCUACGGCUGUCUGGACGUGCUCAUCUUCAACAGCAGCAUGAAGGCCAGAGCCCCCGCCCAGAGCCUGUCUCUGGAGGUGGACAAACUCCUGAUGGACAACAACUACUUUGGGCCCGUCACGCUGGCCAAAGGGGUGCUGCCCUCCAUGAUCUCCAGGAGAAGCGGACACCUGGUCCUGGUGAACAGCAUCCAGGGGAAGAUAGCCGUGCCUUUUCGCACAACAUCCUCCAAACACGCCGUCCAGGCCUUCUUUGAUUCGCUGAGAGCCGAGGUGGAAGAAUACGGGAUCUCUGUCAGCACCAUCAGCCACACCUUCAUCAGCCGCGCGGCCGCCGGAGGCUCCGCCCCCAAAUCCCUCUGGUCACUGUUGUACACCCGGAAGCCGCUCGGCGUUUCUCCGGACGAGGCCACGGCGGAAAUCGUCAGGACGCUGAACAACAAGAGGAGAGAGGUGCUCAUUGCCCCGUCGCUCCCCAAGAUGGCCAUCUACGCCAGGUCCUUUUUCCCCAACGUCUUCUUCGCCAUCAUGGCCGCGGGAGUGAAGAGCUCUGCCGCCUCUGAGAAGAUGUGAAUUGCUGCCAUGGCAACGGAGCCACGAUGGACGAGACGAAUCAAUGCAGAACAUCCGACUGUUUCAUGUGGAGUCUGCAGUUUGAAAUACCAUAAAAUGUGCCUGUAAAAAACUGUAGUUUAGUUACAAAAUUCUGAAAUGUCUUUUGUAUGAUUACAGAUUCAAUUACAAAAACUGUUUUGAAUAAACUAUAUGAAACGACUGUGUGAAUUAAACAUUUGGCCUCGUUUACUUUUUGGUUUUUGGAUGCAAAUGUGAUGCCAGUAACUUUGUUGGAAUCCCAGGCUUUUUUCCAAAAUGCUUACUUUUAUAUUAUUAAUCAGCUUCUCUGCAUGUGUUGCAAUAUUAAAGAAUAUUAUUAUCCAAACUCU